AUUUCAAAUUAUAUUUUACUUACGUUGACUUUUUCUUUUUGCUGAAAUGUAAUAUCUAUAUAUCAAUCAAAAUAGUGUUUACAAAAAUAGAUCCAUAGGAAUUUUUUAGAAGAUCAAAAUUGAUUUUUUUUAAAAUAAGGAUUUUCAACUGGCUUGGAAAUCUUGAGCCUAUAACCCAACUGACUUGUGUUCCAUCCUCAGUAUCUGAUAGUUUUGCUUUAAUGACUUCAGUCGAUUGCUGAUAUGUGUAUGAGUGAUGUUUGGUAACUCUCUUAGUGAGUGAUAAGACUGCUGAUUCUUACUGUCAUUACGAUCUUCAGAUCAAAUUGUUUGUUGAUUGAAAAGUGAGUUUGACAAGCCCCAAGCCAUGCUCUUUUAACCUCGUACCUUUUAUUGUGCAUUGCAUGAUCUACCAACCCGGUUUAUCUUCUCUCAGCAGCUCUGAGUAGAACAUGUCCCAUAACUUACGUGAAUUCAAUGCUGUUGAAAACUUUGAAUAAGUUAAAAAUUAAUUAUGUGUGCCCAAAAGUGUUGUAUGUCAUUAUCUGAAUCAAUUUGUUUAUAGAUAAGUUUCAUUGAUAUUGAGCAUCACAAUUUAGUUUCAAAAUAAUAAAAAGUUAAAACAUGUGUUAUUAAUAUUAUUGGUUAUUAAAAAUUAUGACAUUUUUUCAUUGUAAUUAUUAAGAAGCCAAUUUUUUUAUAAUUUUUGUUUUUGUUAUAUAUUAAAUUUCAUCAUAUGUAUUCUGCAAACAAAGAAUUAUUGCAUUUGGUUUAAAUAAAAAAUAUUUUAUUUGUUGUAUAAGUAAUAAUAUUUUUUAUUUUAUAACAUGUAUUUUUAAUGAUUUUUAUUAAUUUAAUUUCUGUCGUAGAAUGUUAAUUUUAUUAAACAAAAUUAUUAUAACAUGUUUAAUAAAAUAAAGUAGAAUUAUUAUUUGGAAAUAAAGGAAAAUAUAAUGUGGUGUGUUAAAAAUUAAAAAAAGGUCUUGAAUUAAUCAUCUUUGUAUAUAGUCAUACAACACCUAUUUUAGGGUAAACAUAUCCUGAAUGUGAUAACUAAAUUGAAUAAUAUAUACACAUAUUAGACACAAAAUUUAAAAUAAAAAUUAUUAGUAUAAUAAUACCACCUGUACUUGAAAGUUCAGUGGCACAAUAUACAGUCCUAACGAUCAUCAUAUAAUAUUCAUAUUCCAACAUAAGCGUUAUGAGUAAUUGGAAAAUCAUUUACAGAAUUAUCAUGUUCUUUAUUAUCCAACCAAUUAUUAUUAAAAAUAUUUAAAAAUAUACUUAGAAUUUGUAAAUGUUCUUUGUUCAAUGUUUUCAUAGAGAGCUUUUGGUAUAUCAUUAACAUUUAAACUAUAUAAAACCUAAAAUAUUGUUAUAUAAUUAAAUAUUUCAUUUAAUAAUAUCUAGAAAUUAUAUUUUUUAUCCAAAAUUAAAAUUGUUUUCUAAAAUCUAAAUUUUCAAUAAUAUAUUUUAAUUUUUAAAGGAAAAUAUUUCAAUAUAACAGUAUAAUUUAGUAUAUAUACUUAAAUAAGAUACAUUAUUUUUAAUAAAAAAUAUAUAAAAUUAUGUAAUAUAUAAUAUAUAAUUAUAUAAAAUGAAGUAAUAAAAACAUAUUUUAUAUGUGAUAAUUUUAUAUGAUUGUUUAUACGUAAAUAAUAUAUUGGUCUAUCAAUCUUUGUUAAUAAGCAUAUUUAACGAAGAAAAAAUACAUUAUUCAUUAAAGAGGUAAAAGAUUCUUAUAUCAUUGUUUUAUAGAUUAAAAAUGAUUAAACAUGAAUAAAGGUAACAAUAAUGCGGUAAAACUGAAAUUCCCCUCAUUAGUAAGAUCUUACAUUUUCUGUAGCAUGAUGAUUUUAUAGCAUACUGCUAAUGUUUUAUUAUUAGCUAUGCAAAUACGAACAUAAUAGUUUUACAGUUAUGUAAAAUAAAUAUAAAACUAGAUCUCGAUCCACCUAAUCGCGCGGUGUUUAUUUUUAUAUAAACAUUUUGUUUUCAAUUCUUCAUAGGUAUAUAUUAGUAUCAUAUAUAUGAGGUGUGUCUAUCACUUUUUAAAACAUAAUAAUUUUAUUAUAUAUUUUUUUAUUGAUAUUUAUUCAUAUUUUACUGUUUGUCAUAUUUUUUUAAUAAAAAACAACUGUAAGAUAAUAUAGAAGUUAUUCAAAGUUAUUAUGUAUUACAGUUUGUAAUUAUAUAUAUGGAGAUACACAUUAGUUGUUAUCAUUUUCUUACAUCAAUUAUCUUAUUCAUGUUUACUUAGAGUUCAAUGUUUUGUAUAUUCAAUAUUUAUAGGUAAUAUAGAAAUAGUUAGAAUCAUCAUCAUUGUUUUUGUGAUAACACUUAUAUUGAGCAUUGAAUAGUCAACUUCUAUGCAUGCUAGGGGUCCACCCCCACAAAUAAGGAGGGGGGGGGGGGGGGAGAGGGGGGGGGUUUACUAUAUUUCUUUUUAUGUUUUACUAGUGGUCUCUCCGUGUUUCAUGCAGAAAUGUUUUCUUUGUUUUGUAUAAUGUGUUUAUUUUGUGGGUUUAAAUAUUUGGCUAAUUUAUAGGUAUAGAAUAAUAUGUUGUAAAAUAUUUUAUAAUCGUUGUUGAGAUAUUAUGGCUUAGGUAUUAUGGUCCUUCAGUUUAACUAAUUUGUGUUUUACAAUUGUAUAUUCCCAUUUAUGCUUAUAUCUAUUCUCGGAAAUCAUUAGAAUUAUGUUGAUUUUUGAUGUUAUAUGUCGUUAUGUGUAUUGAGUAUUUUUUUAAAAAAAAUACGAUUAUUGACUUGAAGUUCCACUUGGAGACAAAAUUUUGGUGUCACAUUGCUGCUAAACUGAUUUGUUUUAAUUAAAAAAAUCCAAUCUAGUUCUUAAAAUAAAACCCGAAUUCUCUAGCUUAAAGUAUGAACACAAAUUGUUUAGCUUGUUUGUAUCAAAAAUACAUUUAGCAUUGAUUUUUGAUGUUAUUGCGGUAACAUGUAAUCAUAGUUAUAUAUUCUUAUAAUAUUUUCAUGUAAAAUGGUAGCCUCGUAAAUCUAACUCAAUAUAUAUUUUGUCAAGUUAUUUCGUUAUAUUAAUUUUAUAUAACCAACACCAAAGAUCAAGCAUGAAAAUAUGGAUUUUGGUCUUUACUUAGAAAACAAAGGGUACUGAAUGAUAUGACUUAUUUAAUUCUUGGACGAAAAUAGUUUUUUAGGGGUUUUCUAUAAUUGUAUAUAAUUUAUAUCUUAAAUAUAAAAAGAAGAGAGAAGAUAUUGCAUGAAUAAUGUAUUAUGGUAUGAAAACUUAAAAGCGUGUUUCUUAGACAUACCUAAAACAAAAAAUAAAACAAAAAAAGUUGCUAUACAAAUUAGAGAUGAGUAUGUUAUUAUCAUUGUUCUAAGCAUACUUCUCAGGUUUAGUUAGGUGGAGGAUGAGAUUAACUGACCAGUAAGAAGGCUCUUUAUGGCGAGGAUUGUAGCCUCCAAGAAGACAAUUUGAUUUCAGUGGUGCUUGGAUUUUUUUCAAUCAUUAGAAACCUAGCAAGAAGCCCAUUAAUCACAAUAGCAAAAAGGGCGAGAAUCAUAUUAAAAAGAGGUGAUGUGGCACUGCGAGAUAAUCUUACCUCAGCGCAGACAACAUCCAAGGCAAAUCGGUUUGAACAGCUAAUCACCGCUUGCUGAACAUCUAAAUCCACGAUUAUUCAGGUUUUAUGGUUGCUAGCAAAACACCAGGUCAACGACAAAAAAUCACGCGAAUGUUCACUGCUCUUCCUUCCCUUAGUCUAACCUCAACCUGUGGAUAACAAAAACGCAGAAUAAAUGUCUUAACCUAUGAAACGAAAAUUACUCAAGAAGCUUUGUUUAUGCCUUAUUUCUUGCUUGUUGGCCUUUAGGGCUGGCUAAGAUGAGGGACAUCAUUCUCCCUUCACACGGCAAGAAAGAGUAUCAGGUGCAGGUGUUAAUGGAUGGAAGCUUGUUGAAGCUGGAGGCAAAGAUCCAGGUGGAGUUCACUCAAGUUUGUUGUGAAGAUCAUCGAUCCUUUGUAAACGUUCGUUGAGAUCAUUGAUUGCAUCUCCAAGUAUUUAUGAUCCAUCUAUCUGCAAAUGACAUACAAAUCCACUAAAAAUGCUAGGAGUUUUUAGCUCAGGCCAAAUAAAGGCAACAAACAUGACACAAAAUCUCUCCAACUCUUGAACACUUGCAAAAACCAAGAGACAUCAAUUACCCAAUCAUAAACUCUCGCUCAGAUCUGUAUUUUCUUUUCUAAUGACUAAAUUAGAGAAAUAGUCACAAUGUUUAAGUAUUCACACUUGCUCUACCAAUGAAACUAAGAACAUGCUUAUGGUACUGAAAGUAAUCCGUUCAUCCGGUUUUUGGUAUAUGUGGAAAGGUUUAAUAAAAUUGAUUUGGCUACUUAUAUCAUGAAAGUGUACUUACUUUUUCGGUCACAUAUCCAUUUAGAAUUCAAGAGUUAACCGUGCUUGAACUGGACCUAUUGGAAAGUGAUUCGUGUUAUCGUACAAGUGAGGCUAGAGCAAGGAGAAAGGUCAUGUGGUGAUUGAAGAAUCAAUAAAAAAGACUUCUAAGCCCCUGUAAAAUUAACGCACCACUCAUCAUUCAUAAAAGGGUCAACAAGCCGAGUAAGCGAGUGUGGAAAGACGAUUAGCCAUAGACAGCCGGGACGUUACAAAUGGUAUCAGGGCUGGUUAAAACUAUUUUAAUUAGAUGGUCUGAUAAUUAAUUAACGUUCUUUAAUUAUAGCUUAGUGUAUUUAAUGAACCCAUUUAGUUUCCCUUACAUUACAUAUCUUUGAAUCUGUUAAAUAUUAAUUGGGCAGUAAUAUAAAAUAAUACAAUUGUUGUCUAAAUUACAUCGAGUUAGUUACCAAUUUUUGGCAAGCUCCAAAGGUGGACAAGUACAUAUAACUUUAGCAAAUUUUACUAGGUUUAACGUCAGUUUUAAAUUGAAAACAAAGGUUCUUGCAAAUUCUUAUUAUGUCUACAAAUUUAUAACAUAUUACAAAGCUCAUUUAGUACACGAGUGUGCUUGAUGAAACAAUUUAGUUCCCCGGACGUUACAUAUGUUUCAUAUAAUAAUCUGUCAAAUUUAAUUGAACAGAAAAUAUAAAAGGGGAAAUUUGGAAUAUACUCUGCAAAUAGAUUUUAUUUUGAAAAAUACACUGUGUUUUAUUUCUUUUGAAAACUACACUUUUUGUUAAUUUAAAUGACUAAAUUAUCCUAACAAAAAAUAUAUAAUUACAUUAAAAAUUUAAAUUCAAUAUUUUGAAUUUUUUUUUAAUUUAAAUGACAAAUAGUAAAAAAAAUGAAAACAAUCAUAGUUGAAGUCUUUAACUUGAAGACACAAUCUUUUGUGUAAAGCAAAAAUUUCAUGUACUUUGGAACUUAGCAAAUUUUGAUCUAAUGCUAUUGUGCUUUAUAAGUUUUGAAUACUUCCCCUCUGUUGAAGUUUUGAACAUACUCAUGACUAAUGCAACAACUUAUGACCUCAUGAAUUUAUCACUUAAUGGAGAAAUGUCUUUUUUUAUUGUGACAAGUUCAGUGUGAUGGUGACUUUUAAUAUGUAAAAUCUUACAUAAUGCAUUAGGAAAGUGAUAAUUUUUUUCCAUAAUAAUUUCUGUUUAUAUAAGAUUAAUAGUUUUUUAAAUGAUAAACAUUGAAUUUUUAAAUUAUUUUUCCAAUUCUAUAUUUAAAUUAUUAAAUCGUUAAUAUAUCUUACCUCAAUAGUUUCGAAAUUUAAAUUUUUAUAAGAUAAUAUUUAACUGAAAUUGGAAAUGUCUUUUUACAUAUAGGACAAGUGUAAUUUUCAAAAACAAAUUAAAUCAAAGCAUUUUUUUCAAAUUUGAUAGCAUAAACAGAGUAUUUUCCUGAUUAUCUUAAGAUAGAAUAAUAUAAUUUGUGAUUAUAAUUACACAGAGUAAAUAAUAUAACCGCUUCUUGGCAUGUGCCAAAGGUGCACACGCACUGACACCACAUAGUAUAAUUUAGGCAGAUGUAAAUUAGAUUAAAGUCAGUUUUUAAAUCAAAAAGUUAAGGUAAUUUUUGCAUUUUCUUAUUAUAAUUACAAAAUUAGAACAUAUUAUAAAGCCCAUUUAGUUCAUAAGUGGUAAAAAAUUUAGUAUCAGUUUGAUUUUUUUUUUUAGAAGUUUAAACUUAGUAAAACAUUUUGAAUUUGGACUUUUUCUUUAUCCCUCUGUUUUCGCCGCCAAAAAUAUGCACACUAUUCUCUUCUAUCUAAUGAGCCAUUCAAUUAAAAUCCUUUUGAAAAUCUUAUAUAUAACUGUCAGUCUCAACACAUCAUUUAUGAAAACCACCCUUUACUGAAAAACAAUAAAAUCUAAGAGAAUGAAAUUUUCAUAUUCUCUACCCAAACGAUUUGUUUCCCCUAUUUUAGCUAUGCAGUUCCUCAUCAUACAUAGUGUUUCUUCAUUGAACCUUACCAAUGAGUAUCUCAACCACAAAUGCUUCCUUGAUCAAGGAAUAUAUAAUACUGGAAGUGAGUACGAGGACAGCCUCAACAUAAUUUUACGUAGUGUUCGUACUGGUAGUUAUUAUAAGAACGGUUUCAUGCGCACAAGCAGAGGUCGUGAACCUGCUCCUGAUGCUGUCACCGUCAUGUUCCAGUGUCGUGGUGACUCUUAUGGGUCUAAAUGCCGUACAUGUGCUGACACCGCAGUCGCAGGGUUUCGUAGAAGAUGUCUAAGGAACAAAGGAGGAAUAAUAUGGUACGACCAAUGUUUUCUCUGGGUUAGUGCAAUCGGUGAAGACAUGCCAAUCAAUACUAAUUACAAGAAUAUGUUUUCUAUGUACAACCCAAAUAACGUAAGAGGGGAUGCAAAAUUGUUUGCCAAGAGGGUGGUGGAUUUUUUUUCUGAGCUAACACUUAAGGUUGAUAAGAAUACCGAAGUCGGCUCUGUCGUCAUACUUUACGCAGAAGGGAAAAAGAAGCUUGGGAAAAAUACAUUGUAUGCAAUGGUGCAGUGCGUAGAACUAACAAUAGAUUGUAAAAGUUGUUUGACAUGGAGUAUCUUAAAGCUUUUCAAGAACGACGACAUUAAACAAGGAGGGAGAGUUUUGGGUUCGAACUGUGAAGUAAGAUACGAGCUAUACCCUUUUAUUAGGAGUUAAGCAUCUUUUACGGUGGUGAUGAAUACAUCUGCUUCAUAAUUUCCAAUUAUGCUUUAGUUUUGUUUAGUUUUUUUUUGGCUCAAAUUUAAUACAUAUAUUAAUAAAUAGAGUUGUUAAGAAACAGAUCCAAAGAAAUUGUUUAGAAGAUCAAAAUUGAUUAUUAUUUUUGUUAAACAAUGAUUUUCAACUGGCUUGGAAUUCUUGAGGCCAUUAUUCAACGGAAUUGUGUUUCAUCUUCA